AUGUCUAUGGGUUUUAUUUUACCGAUCAGCUGGCAUUUCUGCUGAAUUGUAGAAAUAAGGAAGUAUGUCUGUAGUUGACGCUAUAAAGCAUUAUCAACGAAGUUUAGAAAAAUGUUCAAACGACUCCAGCAGGAUCCUGCACUGCAUCUACAAGCUGUACAAGCUGCCGAUCACGGUCCAGCACCUCCAGGAGACGGGAGUGGGUCGCACGGUCAACUCGCUGCGAAAGUUCGACGGCGACACGGGAGAAGCGGCCAAGGCGCUGGUGACCAAGUGGAAGAGCAUGGUGAUGGACGAGGACUCUUGCGGGGACGAGAACGAAGCGGAGGACGAAGACGAGGCCAAGUCCCCCGAGCAGAGCAGCGACGACAGCAGCCGGCACCGCAAGAGGAGCGACGAGAGGAGGCGGGACAAGUCCUCGAGUGAGCACAAGAGGGAUCACAAGAGGAAGUCGGAGUCGAACUCGUACAGCAGCAAAAAGAAGACGAAGGAUAAGAUCAAGGUGGAGGAGGAGGAGGAGGAGGAAGAGAGCGAGCAGGAAGAGAACGACAGCCGCGUCAGGGACAGCCCCUCUGCGCAAGCGGACGAGCGCAUGAACAAUCGGAGAAUAAAGGAGGAAAUCGACGACGAGAUCAGGAGAGUGGCGGAGGAAGACUACCGAGGAAUGGGUGACGCUGGUGUGGAAGAUAGCGGUGGGGAGAACAGUUCUCGGCUGCAGAUAGCCGAAAGUGAGAACGAAGACUCGGACAUGUUGCACGUGGAAGAGACGGCGAGCGCCGAAGAGUCAGUGUCUCGCAGGCGCGGCGGCAAGGGGGAGUCUUCCAGCCACCACAGGAGCAAGUCCGGCUCCGACAGCCACCACGGUUCCUCCAAGAAACACAAAGACAAGCACAAGGAGAGACACAAGGACAAGAGCCGUGAAAAAGAGAAGCGAUCUAGCGUGGAGAAGACUAGGCGCCAAGAGGUGGAUUCCAGUAGCAAUGACAAACCUUCUGCUUCAGAUGCGAAGGUCAAGGAGCCAUUGCCCGUCGAGGAAAAGAAGAAAUUGAAACAGGAUGCCGGGAGUAGUAGCAGUAAGAAGGUGGAAUCCAGACAUGUCUCUGCGGAUAAGAUGUCGUCUAAAGACGAGCUUAACAGCAAGCCUAAGAAAAUUAAGAAGGAAAUGCACAGUUCUUCAAAGAAGAGCAAGAAGGCAGUUGAAAAGACUGCAGAUGGAAGCAUAGACUGUUACUCAGGCGCAAGUUUUGCAGAAGCUCUAGGAAUGGUGGAUCCUUUCCCUGUUUUGAAAAAGAGCCGCAUGUCUUCGCCAACAGUUCGUCAAGAGACUUCCUCAUCUAAAAAGUCAGUGUCCAGCAGCGCUGAAGUGAAUUCGACCAGUAGUAAACCACAGUCAUCCUCUUCAAAAUCGUCUGCUCUGAAGGGUGUGGACUGGCUGUCGCCCGACGCCAAGCUGGAGCCCCUGGAGAGGCAGAUGCAGGUGGAGGUGGACUCGGACGCGGACGUGGACUCGACACUGUCGGAGAUCAACCCCAACUACCGCCCGCUGCCCUUCAUCCCGCUGGACUCGCCCCCGCACAAGAAGAGCCGGAUGCUGACCGAGGAGGAGGCUCUCAGCCAGGUCAUGUCCACCAAGAACCAGAGGACCAAGGUGUAUUCCGGACUGAAGGCGAGCAAAGGCAUGCUCAAAGUUCCUUCUCUUCUCGAGCUGUGCACGCGAGUUCUCGUCGAGAACAUUGACGCCAUGGAGUACACGGGGGGCGUGCCCUUCGAGCUGCUGGAGCCCGUGCUGAAGCACGCCUCGCCCCAGCAGCUGUUCACCUUCGAGCACUACAACCCGUACCUCAUCGGCGACACCAACGAGCUGUGGACCUUCCACGUCAACAAGGAGUUCCGCAGCAAGCAGCACCUGGAGUUCGAGACGUCCCGGGACAUGUACAUCAGGUGCGUGGAAGAGCGGGAGGAAAAGCUGAAAGCUCUGACGUCGAACAUCCAGCAGUCGAUCGCCAAGUCGACGCCGGUGCGGCAGACGAAGCUGGCGUACGUGGACAGCGUGGCGAAACCCCCGAGGAGCAUCGCCAGGAAACAGGCCAAGUACGGGACGGCGUCAGCGGUCAGCACCAGCUCCCCGGGGAAGUCCCCGCGGCCGGUGGGGUUCUCUCAGAGUGCUGCGUCGUUGUCUCCCAGCACGUCGCACGCGCCCGUGGCAGUGCCGCCACCCACGCCGCCGCGAGUGCCAGGUGAGUCCCUCCUCCCGGUGGCGAUGUUUCCCGAAACCUUGCAGCUCUCUCGGCGCCGACCUGGCGUCAGCUCCCCCGCUUGUUGGUCCGCGUAUCGCAGUUCUCCGUAAAGACCAAUGAGCUAAAGUAAGCAUUAAGGAGUAUUUAAGUUUCAUAUUUGCUGAAUGAAACACUACUUUUCUAUGAAUGAAGACAAUGUACAUGUAAAAAUAAAACCAAUAAAUGUGAGGUUAUUAGUGAUGAAUUUGAGGACCCUGAAUGCUAACAUUUUUUUUUUUGAGAAUAUUUAAUUUUUAUAUUUUUGUGACCAUGUUGAGGCAGAAUUCGAACAGCCGUGUGUCGCCUGUUGAGGUUGCAAACUACUUAUCGCACGAGCCAAGUUAAGCUACCGAAGUGUCGAGCGAUAGAGCUACAACUCAGGUAUGGGAAUAUAUCGCCUAAAAUUGAGUUCUUGGAAUGAUUUAUGAUUUAGAUUUAAGCUACGAGUUAACAGUUUGUGUGUUUUAAUUUGGCUUCCAAGCGUGGUUAUGAAGUUCAGUUUGCUUUGAAAUAAAUCUUCGUUCCAUCUUUACUUGCUGUAAAAUUCACAGGUCCUGCUGUAUUGGAAUCGAACUGGUAAGCAAAGCAGUUGGGCUGAUGCAAAUACUAUUUUUUUUUUUUUUUUCAUUCAAUUCAAAUUUCUAAUCGAAUAUCAUAAUAUUCACAUUAUUGGAUAUUUUUCGAAUUGAAUCUUUAUAUACAGUGAAUUUUUCCUUCACACACUUCACACAGGAGUUCAAGAUAAAUGGAUCCAAAUUACAGUUAAAAUAAUACAGGAAUAUGCAUGGAACCAUAACAAAGAUGAGUAAAACGUAGGAAAAUCAAAACAAUCUGGCAUACUGUAAAAUUUAAGUUUGAAAAUAGUUAUAUUUUAUGUAACUAAUUUUUUACAUAAAAUAGAGAUUUAUUAUAAUUUUAAAUCACAGUCACCGAUUUGUUAAAUAUUUUAAAAAAAAGAUGUUUAAAAGUUAAUAAAUCGAUGAACACCGGCUGCAUGCACGAAAAAGUGUCCCUUAUCGCACAUUGUCCCAUUACGCUAUGUCACGUUAUGCUCAUUGUACGCUUGCGCCGCAUCUAUCUCUCUUCCACUCGAUUGGAACAACCAUCGAUUUGACUUUUUCGAGGCACAUUAAACUUGAAACACCCCCAUUCGUUUCCUACUUUUCCUAUCAUCGUCCUAUCCUUAACAGAAUAACACAGAUUGGAAGAAGUUAAAUAGCAAACAUGUAUAAACCUUAUAGUGAAAAUAAUAUCUUCGUUAAAGUAAUAAACAUAUUUGAAUUAAUGAGUGCAAAUAAAAGUAAAUUUAUCAAUUAAAUUGUAGAUUUCAUUUCACUCCUUUUUUGUAUCCAUACAAAAUAGUGAUAAUUCAAUAAAAAUUUAUUCAAUUUUAUUCAUAACAGUAUUCAAUCAUUUCAUCAAUGUUUUGUUAUGACGUCACGUUAAACUAUCGUCCGUAAACUGACUUUACAGACAACCAACUUUUUUUUCGAUUGCUCGCAGACCCCUGAAAGCGGUGGGUUGUGUGUGUGUGUGUGUGUGUUGCAGUGGCGAAGGUGAAGCCCCGAGUAGCCCCGCUCAUGCAGAAGACAAUGAAGCUAGUCAAGAGCCUGAAGCGAUAGUGAGCACGGACUGUGGCCCCCUUCUCGGCGACCACGUCGCGGAGGAUCAUGGAUUGGAAUGCAGACAACGUGGCCAGUUCCCCCCCGGGUUGUCCGUUAACAGUUACUGUGUCCAUACUUACUUCAAUUCCACGAACAUGCUGUUGUCAACUUCAGGGUGAUAAAAGAGUCGUAACUUUUUACGUCAGGCUGAAAAGUAAUUACAUCCUAGGAGUUUACAUUUUUAACUCCAUUUAAGAUUAAUUUUUUUUUUUUUUUUUUUAUCCAGUAAUGAUUAGGGACCUGAAAAAUUUGCGGAUUCAUUUCGUAUUAUGCUAAAAUUCAUAUAACUAUACCUUAGUGCUGCUUCUGCCAUUGGUUCACUGUUAAUCUGGAGGACUGAGGGCCAGCUGGAGACCCUCACUCAUAGAAGUGUCGAAUCACAGGCCAUCCAGUCGUGACGACUCACAUGUCAGCAGCCAAUGAACAGUUGGCAUUUGCCCGAGUGUGUAGAGGAUCGUGGAGUCUAUCCUGGAGGUCAUUGAACCCGCGAAUUUUUCCGGUCUCUAGUAACGAGACAUUCAUAUUUUUAUGUGAAAAAUGUAAACAGUUUUGAUGCUUAAAUACAUAAAAUCAUCUUUUUGUACAAAUUUAAUUCUUACUACUUGGAACCAGGUUCAAAGUUAGUAUUCAUUGAAACUGAAUUUACAGAUUAACUUUUAAAUAAUAGUAUAUUUUAAGUUCAAGUGGUUAACAUGCUCUCUUUACAAAUUGAAAAGUAGCUGACUGGAACCUUUCUCAGAUUUUUUUAUGCUGCGGGUCAGUUAAAUUUUUUGUGUGAGUCACUACGUACUUGAAUGUUGGUAAAACAUUCCUUUCCAUGUUUUGGUUGGUAAUACGUAUAAGUUAUAAAUAAUUUACAGUAUACUAAAUUAUUUUGAGGAUGAGUUAUAGUGUGGCAAAUGGUGUAUUUCCUGCAAAAGAAUGCUUUUAGAAUAUUGUUUUGAGGAGUUCACAUUAGAAAACACUGAUAAAAAAAUUUUUGUUGAAAAAUAAUAAAAUUCACUGUAGAAUAUUUGUUUAUAUUUUGAUUUGCAUGUAGGUAUUUAAUCAAAAAAAGAACUUCAGCCUUAAUUUCCCUUCAUUCCAACCUCUUUUUUGUGAUCACAUGUAAUGUUUGUAUCAUACAAAUUUACCCCUUUUUUAUAUACCUGUAUUCAGCUAUAUUUUUAGCAUGCCAUGAAAAAUACAGUAUAGAGAUUUUACUGCAUAAUGUUUAACUGGAAGAAAUUAAGCCUUUUAGACUGUGGUAGCCAAAAAAAAUUUUUCUCUAGUUUGCGAUGUGUUAUUCAAAACUAUUCAGAAAGCUUCAACAAAUUACGUCAACAAUUUUAUGUUCAAAUUUCAGACAUUUCUAAUUACUUAGUAACUACCAUUAAUAUUAAUAAUAUUUAAAGUAUUGUGUUGUCAAACUUAUGUUACAAGACAGGCAGAUAACUAAUUUAAAAAACCAUUUUAGUGUUAUUUCUGUGGCUUUUAGAUACUUCCUGCAGUAAAAUCCUAGUAGUAAACUGUUUAUAAAGAACUAAAAUUUUGACUUAAGGGGCCCGCCUCGUCAGGGGUGUAUGUGUGUUGGUGAGGCGGGAUGAUAAGCGCGACGCUCGCUGGUGCUUCCAGCGCAGUAUAGCCUCUAAGCGCAAGUCUCUGAACUGGCGCGCAUUCGUCUCGUCGUCACAGGAUAACUGUGAAAUUUGAGCGGUGACCGUAACAUUAUAUGGCGGAGAAAUGAAGAUAAAGGUGUUAUGCAAGCCCCUUAAGUGCUUUCAAGAAUCUGUACUGAUUGUUUUAUGCCUAAAAAUUGCUCUGAAAACAAGCGUUUUAGGCAUUUUAACGCUUCUAAAAAUACAGUUUAAAAACUUAAUCCGAAAUUGAAAGUACUUUUCGGUCCUCAGCGAACUCUUAAAUGCUAUUCGUAAAUAGGCCCCACUCGGAUAUCUUGAGUAGUUAUGAAAUCGCGUUGUUUUUCCUGAAGCUCUGCACACCGUGUGUGUGCCCAGGUAGGCGGGCCCCUUAACAGUUGUAAAUCUUCUUUAAAGGAGUUUAUGUAAUUUUAAUUAUUUUUUUUUUAAAUUUGUUUAAAACAAGAUUUUAAGUUUUUUUUAUUUUAAUUUUAUUGGAUCUUUGUAUAUCAUCAACAAGGUGUGGAAGGUAACAGCAAUGAUCUGUGAUAAUGAAUCUUCCCACCAUUUGUAUGGAGUGUGGAUUUGCGGAAUCUUGGAAAACCAAAAUCAGGGUGGACCAGGAGACUUAUCUGCAUCCUCUCGAAUGUGAGUCCAAAUUAUUGGUGUUACUCUUAAAAAUGGGGAGAAAAAAAAAAUGUUAAUUUGGUUCAGAGGCUUAUCGUGGCCAAAAGUUGUUUCGUUCACUUAUCGUGGUUUCUGGGCGGGGCUGACGAGAGAAACUAAGGGCCUGAAACAAGAAUACUUGGUGCAGCCACCUGGAAGCCCCAGUAGAAACACCCAACAUCUUGAAAUCACAAAUAUAUCCCACUUGUGGCAUCCAUAGUUGAAGUUUUCCAAGACCAGCUUGAUGUUUUCUUAUGUUUCUCCUUUCAGGUGAGUAGAAUGAGCUACUGUUCCCAUUGUGUAGCAGGAAAGCUUUAAGACUUGUACUUGAGCUGUCUAUAAAAAAGGGGACCACUGGUUUGGCUCAUAAGCAAUCUCUGUGUGUUGAAAGAGAGCAUUAACGUGGAUGUUCCGACAUUUCAUGGAAGCAGACAAAAUCCUUGUGCCGUACUCUGUAGUAUUUUGUUAUUUUGCAUCCUUCGGCAAGCAAGUUAUUUACCUUAAGACGGGAUGCACGGAGUUCGGCCUUUGAUUUGGUUAGUUCCAACUCUCUUAUAAGUUCAUCCAACUUUUUUUGAGUGAAGAGCUGUGGUUCCUUUCCAUUGCUCUCAUCACUAUUGGAGAAAUCGCUGCCAUCACAAGAUUUUUGUACUUUAUCUUGAGUAUUAGAAUCCUCUUGUGGCAGUAUAACUAGAAGCCCCUCGGAGCGCAAUACUGGAGCAGUAGAUGAUGGGAUGCUAGGAUAUGGAAUAUGUUUUCUAUUCUUGGUACUUUAGUAAUGUGUAAUGUCAACCAUACAACAGUAACACUUGUCGUGAUGGUUGUUUGGCUCACUCCAUAUUCGAGGAACUGCAAACGGCAUAGAUUUUCUUGUUCCGUGUAACUAACCCUCAGCUACUGCAAGACACAUGCAAGCAUGGUACACCGAAAUAAGCUAUGUAAGCAUCACAGAAUUUUUUCCCAAGCACAAUUUUAUGUUUCACUUGUCUAGAUCUGAUAUUAGGUAUGUCCACAAACAUAACAAUAUGUAUCUGCAGGCGAUUUACAAUGUCUUGGAUACUGUCAUGUUUAAUUUAAAGACAACAAUAGUUUUUAUAAUCACAAAAACGCAACAGUAGGUAUUUCACAAACAAGAGGAAGUUGUUUUACAAAAUACCGAUACAUGUGUUGUGUAUGUAUAUGUGGAUAGCAUUGUUACAGAUGUCAUGCUGAUUUUAUAAUGGAGAAACGCCACUGCCAUCAAUUGCUGAUCGCGUUGAACUACUACGAUUGUCAGGAAAAAAACUGUAAAUUCAAAAUUAUUAAUAAAUUAUUAAAAUAUCAUUAUACAUUUUUACUGUGAAAAGUACCGACAUUUGAAAAAAAAAUUAUUUCAUCCAAUAAACACUAAAAAAAAGGACCAUUAACAAUUUUUUGUUACAUAGUGUUACUUAUUUUCUCAUUUGUUUCGAGAUAUUUUUAUCAACAGUCUUGCCAAAUACCGUGGCACAAAGACUUUGAGCUUAAAAAAAUGUUAACACCCGGCACAAAAAUUUACUUACACAAUACUUUGAGAUUUCAAAGGCAUAUUACAGUCGGGCAUAAGGCGCAAAUUAAUGCAAAACCUAGUGCCACUCUUAAAGAAUAGCACCUCCGGACACAAGUGUGUGUAUUUACUCUAUAGUGUAUUGAUCCUUGCUGUAUUGGAUUCAUAGAAUUUUCAAAAUAGCUUGUAUGUAUUUUUAUUACAAGUAAUAUACUUAGAGGAUAAGGUGAUGUUUUGUACAUUUUUAAAACAUAUUAAUGUUUUCUAUUAUUGCCUAUGUAGUUACUUAAUGAAAGCAGUCAUUUUCUACCUGGAUGUUGAAUAGUAGCUUUUAAACCAUAACAAAACAAAACAAAACAAAACCAAACCUUCUAGGGAUUGUGUGGAAAUUUUCCCACACAGAAUAUUCUAAAAAUAACCUUCAUAGUUAAACACAUCUACAUGUGCAAUAUAUAAUCUCACAAAACUGUGUAUCCUUGUUCAUUUUGUUGAAAUGUUCUGAAAUGGAAACACAAAAAGUUUAAAUGACCUCAGUUUACAUGAAUGACAGAUUUACGAAUUUUUUCGAUUACCAGUUUGUGAUUAAAUAUGUGAUUUGUUACGACUCAAACUUGACAUAUGGUACUGUGUUACAUACGUUGUGAGUAUUUGUUGAAUGCUUGUUUUUUCAUGCAUGCCGUAUGUCACCUUUGUAAAUUUAGUUGUCUGACGUCUGUGCAGAGCCUGUAAAAUCACAAUGUGUUUUUCACUAUACGUCGUAAUUUUUUUUUUUGUGGUUUAGUUGUGAAAGAUGAGAAAUUGUGUCGGUUAUGUGAUUCAUUUAUAUAUGAAUAAAUAAUAAUCUAGAGUUUUUAAA